AUGGAAAAGCAAUUCCAAACAGUGUACACUAUUUCCAAAUUUAAAGAAAUCCAAGCCGAGUUUGUGGGUAAAGUUUACUGUGAUCUCAUUUCUUCUUCAGAAGGUUGUUUUGGGACAACUUACGAGGUCAGAGAAGAUUUAUUUUGUGGCCACCAACGCAAGAAGAAAUCAUUUUUUGUCUCUUUCAAUAGGGACAAAUGUGAAGUUGUUUGUAGUUGUCAUCUGUUUGAAUUCCGGGGUAUUCUAUGUCGACAUUCAAUUGCAGUACUUAUCCGUAAUGACGUCUCUAGACUUCCUGAUCGAUAUAUAUUACAUAGAUGGAGAAAGGAUAUUAGAAGACCAUACACGAGGAUUGCUUUGAAAUAUGACGGAUUGAGGAAUUCUCCGGGACAAUUGAGGUACGACAAUUUGUGCACAGCUUUUGCGAAGGUUGCAGGCCUUGCCGCAGACGACGAAGUUCGAGCAGGGCUUAUUAUGGAAUGGAUUCAAUUGCAAGCACAAGAACUUUCUAUGUUAAAACAUAUUGGUGAAAAAAAUAUUGACAAUGAUCCGGCAAGUUUCAAAACUCCAUGUAGCAUUGGCGUUGGAGAUCCGAAGUUGACAAAAAGAAAGGGUGCACCAAGAAAAGUUCGAAAAAAAAGUCCAUUAGAGUCGACUUCGAAUAAGAAAAAGAAGAAGAAUGAGGCACCUUCAACUAACAGAGGAAAGAGACUUACAAAAGAGUUAAUCAAACAAACAAAUGAGCCAAAGAUAUUGGCAUUGGAGACUGGAGCGGAUAUUGAGGUGGAAAAUCAACCUUCAAUGGAGUUAUUAACGGAGAGAACAAAUUUUACAUUCGAUACUCAAGGUCAUGUGAUUCAAUAUUACAACCAGUAUUCACCAUAUCAAAUGGGGGACGGGAGU